AUGAUCAACAAGAAGUUGUCGUUGUACGCCGAAUUCUCCGAAUUUUCUCGAAAACAAAUCAAGUUCUUCACUGAAACGUUCAGGAAAUACGAUGAAGAUGCCGAUGGCUUCAUCGAUUUUGAUGAGUUGAAGCGGAUGAUGGAAAAGCUUGGUGAAGCCCAAACACAUAUCGCGCUGAAAGAAAUCAUCAGACAGGUAGAUGAAGAUAAGGAUGGCAAAAUCUCGUUGCGAGAAUUCUUCCUGAUUUUCCGGCUUGCCGCUCAGAACCAGCUGGGAUGCUCACAAGUUUUCCAACUUCUCGCCGAUAGUGUGGAUGUCUCCAAAGAAGGUGUGCUCGGCGCUGCCAGUUUCUUCCAAGCAAAGGUCAGCGUUUUCAAAGGACCUCUUUCCUAUUCCUAA